AUGUAUCUUGUAAAGAACAAAUGGCUUUGUGUGUUCGUUAUGUUGAUAAAAAAAGGAAAGGUAAUUGAGCGAUUUCUUGGUAUUGUCCAUGUCGCGGAUACUACAUCUUUGUCUCUUAAAGAAGCCAUCAUAGCUUUGCUUAAUGAGCAUUCUUUGAGUUUGUCUAGUGUACGUGGUCAAGGAUAUGAUGGGGCUAGUAACAUGAAAGGUGAGAUUAAUGGUCUUAAAACUUUGAUAAUGAAUGAAACACCAUCUGCAUAUUACGUUCAUUGCUUUGCUCACCAACUUCAAUUAACACUUGUUGUCGUUUCAAAGAAAAGUAAAGAUUGUGGUUGGCUUUUUGACACACUUGGAGACUUGUUAAAUGUUGUUGGAGUAUCUUGUAAGAGAAAGGAUAUGCUUAGAGAGAAACAAGCUGAAACAGUUGUAAAAGCUUUAGAAGAUGGUGAAAUUGAAAGUGGGAAAAGAUUGAACCAAGAGCUUGGUUUGGGUCGUCCGGGUGAUACACGUUGGGGAUCACAUUAUAAAUUGAUUUUGAAUGUGAUUGCUUUGUAUCCGGUAAUUCGUGUGGUAGUUGAUUCGAUUGGGAAUGAUGCUAGAAGUGAUGAUGAUGCUCGAAAAGCCGAUCAUGUAAGUUUUGCAAUUGAGUCAUUUAAUUUCAUUUUCAUGAUCCAUUUGAUGAAAAAGAUUUUUGGGAUUGUGAAUGAGCUAAACAAAGCUUUGCAAAAAAAAGACCAAGAUAUUGUUAAUGCUAUGUCACUUGUGAGUUUGACUAAAGAAAGAUUACAAGACAUGAGGGAAAAUGGGUGGGAAUCUCUCAUUGAAACAACCACUUUAUUUUGUGACAAGAAUGGUAUCCCAAUUGUUGACAUGGAUGAUGUUUUUGUUCCCCCGGGAAGAAAGAAACGUGGUCGUUUGGAUACUACAAAUUACCACCAUUUUCGAAUUGAAGUGUUUUUGGGAAUUAUUGAUCUUCAACUUCAAGAGAUCAACAACCGAUUCAAUGAGGUGAGCAUGGAGUUACUUAAUUGUAUGAGUUCUUUGAGUCCGCUUAAUAAUUUCUCCUCUUUUGAUAAAAAUAAAGUGCUUAAACUUGCUGAAUUUUAUCCCAAUGAGUUCUCAAUUGUUGAAUUACUAAGUCUUGAUGAUCAACUUGAUAAUUAUAUUGCGGAUAUGCGGAGGAGUAAUGGAUUUUGUGGAUUGAAAGAUUUGGGUGAACUCUCGAUGAAGCUAGUUGAGACCGAAAAGCAUCAAGUGUACCAACAAGUUUAUUUGCUCAUAAAGUUAGUGUUGAUUCUUCCCGUAGCAACGGCCGGUGUGGAAAGAGCAUUCUCUUCCAUGAUGAUUGUGAAGAAUCGUCUACGAAAUAGUAUGGGUGAUCAAUUAUUGAAUGAUUGUUUGGUCACUUUUAUAGAACGAGACGUUUUUAUCCAAGUUAGUGAUGAUGCUAUUAUGAAGCGGUUUCAAGGAAUGCAAAAUCGUCGAGGGAAAAUGUAA